UAAUUUUGUGUUGGUCUGUAUAAAAGGCGCCCAAAUCGUCGAAAAAGCACACUCUUGUCCACACAUUCGGUGCAGAUAAACAACAUGGCAUUCAAGCUGUUUCUUCUCGCUGCUUUCGUAGCCGCUACCCAAGCUGGAUUAGUGCCCGCCGCACAAUACGCUGCAGCUCCAGUAGCCUACGCUGCUCCGGUAGCCAAAGCCGUCGUAGCCGAAGACUACGACCACAACCCCCAAUACUCGUACGGAUAUGAUGUACAAGACGGUUUAACUGGAGACAGCAAAAGCCAGGUAGAAAGCCGUAACGGAGAUGUAGUGCAAGGAGCUUAUUCAGUCGUCGAUCCCGAUGGUACCAAGAGAACCGUUGAAUACACUGCUGACCCUCUUCACGGAUUCAACGCUGUAGUCCACAAAGAACCAUUAGCGAAGGCCAUAGUCGCCGCACCGGCCGUAGCUAAGGUCGCUGCUCCAGUCGCCUACUCUGCCCCAGUUGCCUACGCCGCUCCCGUAGCUAAAGUUGCCGCUCCAGUCGCCUAUUCUGCCCCCGUCGCCUACGCCGCCCCAGUUGCUAAAGUAGCUGCCCCUGUCGCCUACUCUGCUCCGUUUGCCUACGCCGCUCCUGUAGCUAAAGUUGCCGCUCCAGUAGCUUACUCUGCCCCAGUUGCCUAUGCCGCUCCAGUAGCUAAAGUAGCAGCACCUCUAGCAUACUCUGCACCUGCCCAAUUGGCUUAUGCUGCGCCAACGUACUCGUAUGGAGCCGCCCCAGUUGCCAAAUUGGCAUCUCCGUUAGCUUAUUCUACAUCAGUGUACCACUGAUUUAUACCGUGAUUGUACAUAGUACGUAAUUUAUGUAAUAUAAUGAGAUGCACUGAGAAUAAUCGUGUGUCUUAAUAAAUCACAACACCAUUCAAAAUUCAAAACACUACUUCCCAAUUGAUCUUGUAUUUAAUCCAUGGACAUUUAAAUUCGUCACUGUUUUCAAUAUAUUUGAUUUAAUAGGUAUCACCACUCACUUAUAUCCAGUAUCGCCAUUAUGACAUAUAAAAGAUUCACACUAAACAUUUUAACACAAAGUUCGUUAAAAUACAGUAACAGUUACAAUUAGAGCAAAUUACAUUUU